AUGCGCAGUGCCGGAGGACUGCUUCACAGACCGCAGUGUGUAAUGCCUGGCAGCGGACACAUACGGGACAUGAGCUACUCUUCAAGCCGCGAGUACGAGAUGGGGGAUGAAAUCCUGGACGGGGAAGUCCAGCAGAGUCACCUCGGCUGCAGGUCCGAAGACGUGCACCUGGGGCACCUGCGGAGCGAGGAAGAGGAGGAGGACGAAGAGGAGCCACUGCGUCUGAGCCGGUUGAGUGAAAACACACGACUGGCCACGCGGUACGCGGUGCGCAUCUUCAGAGAGUUCUUGAGCGACAAGGCGCACAGCCCGGACUUUGAGACUUUGGACAAAGAGGCUCUGUGCGCGCUGCUGCGCUCCUUUUACGCAGAGGCGCGCUCCAAAAGCGGACAGUUGUACAGUAAAUCCUCUUUGAUCAGUAUCCGCAGCUCUCUGAACCGGUACCUGAACGAACCACCUUAUUGUCGCACUCUGGACCUUACCAAGGACCCGGAGCUGCGCAGCGCCAAUUUGGCCCUGGCGGCGGUGCUAAGACGGCUGGAGGAGCAGGGCGCGGGUCCUGUGGUCCAGAAACAAGCCAUCACCAGAGCUGAUCUACGCAAGCUCUACGAGUCUCCGGUGUUCCACGCCGACACACCGUUUGGACUACUUAACAAAGUGUGGUUCGAGACGUGUAUGUACUUCUGCACGCGCGGGCGCGAGAACCAGCGCGAGUUGGAAGAGGACUCGUUCGGUCUUGCUGUUGACGAUGACGGCAGGAGGUUCGUGUACUUGAAGGCUCUGGGGCAGUACCACAAGUCUCGCAGCGGCGCAUGGGGCAAGCGGAAGGAUAUGGAGGAGGAUACCCGCCCGCGUAUGUACGAGACGGGCACAGCACUCUGUCCGUACGCCAGCUUUGUCCAAUAUGUGUCGAAGCGGAACCCGCUGUGUAACGCGUUCUUCCAGCGCCCACGGGACCACUGCUGCUCCAGCGAUGCCACAUGGUUCGAGAACAAGGCCAUCGGCAAAAACCUGCUGGGCACGCGCAUGCAGAUGCUGUCACGCGCCGCAAAACUCUCCAAAACCUACACCAACCACUGCAUCGGCGCCGUCUCUAUAGCAACGCUCAACAGCAUCGUGGGCGCAAGGACGCUUUGUGUUACCAAGGCAACAGUGAACGGCCACGUGCAGCCUCAGCUGCAGCUUGUGGUGCCAUCCCUGCAGUCCGACAUGUCUCCAGUGCGAAAAAGGCUGUGCGUGAGACCAUGUAGUGAGACGCUCAGUGAAAUCAAGGAGUCCACGAGAGUCACGGAGGCGCAUGAGCAGCUCACGGUCCACUUCACAAGUCCAACUGACUAUAAGACCCCACAGGACAACCUGAACAGUAGUGGCCCUCCACUGCCCCCUGCCUCUCCUGUCUCCUAUCUGGGACCAGCUGGGAUCCCUACAGAAGCCAAACUUUCCAAAACCACUGCCCCAGUGCACAUAGAUGUAGGGGGGCACAUGUACACUAGCAGCUUGGCCACACUCACCAAGUACCCAGACUCAAGGAUCGGGCGCCUCUUCGAUGGGACAGAGCCCAUUGUCUUGGACAGUUUAAAACAGCAUUACUUCAUAGAUCGAGAUGGUCCCAUGUUUCGUUACAUCCUAAACUUUCUGCGCACCUCCAAACUACUACUCCCUGAGGACUUCAAAGAGUUCUCCGUGCUGUAUGAGGAAGCGUGCUUCUUCGAGCUGGCUCCUCUGCAGGCCGAGUUAGAGGUGUGGAGGGCUCAGAGACAGGACGCACCACUGUGGGUGGACUGUGCUUUAGUCCAUAUGAGUCCUGGUCUGGGGGAGAGGGUCAGUGUGAGUGCUCAGAGGGACGUUCUACAUGAGGUGUUCCCAGAGGUGCAGGAUGUUCUGAAAAGGGCACUCAACGACACCUCGAACCACAGUGCAACACAUGUUGCAAGGUUUCCACUCAGUACCUAUUGUCAACUCACCUCUGUGCAGGUUCUGGAAAGCUUUCAGCAGAGAGGUUUCAGGAUCUGCGGUUCGUGUGGUGGAGGAGUCGAUUCGUCCCAGUUCAGUGAAUACGUCCUGCGCAGAGAUGGUCAUGAGAGUGUCCACAUCAUCACAGUCAAACAGGAGCCUGACUGA